AUGCAACGGAGUGGCCGAAUACCGGGCGAAAUACCUCGGCUCACCGGGAAACCUUCAAGAGGCAGUCACCAAUGUGAAGGCCCUGGGGGCGUUCCUGGGGGAGCUGGGCUAGCUGGAGUUACUAAGAACUUUGAGGUUAUGUCGGAACUUCAAGUUACAAAGCCUCCUGGAAAAAGCUGGAGAGAAAUAAAUCAAGAAAGGAAAACACUAAAACGGCAACGCAACGAAGAGAAAAUAUUAAAACGUGAAAAGCGAAUUGCUUUAGACAGAGAAGAAGAAAAAAAGUUUAAGGAAGAAGUCGAGAAAGAAAAGAAAUAUUCUGAGAUUUCAACUGUCAGUAUAGCAAUUCCAGGAUCAAUAUUAGAAAAUGCUCAAUCUGCUGAACUGCGGACGUAUUUAGCAGGUCAAAUAGCGAGAGCUGCAUGUGUGUUCUGUGUAGAUGAAGUAAUAGUUUAUGAUGAUGUUGGGGACAAAUUAGACACGAAAAAAUCUAAAGUAGAAGAUGUUGAUGGAGUCAAACUUGCUCGCAAAAGUUGUGUGCAGUUGGCAAGGAUUUUGCAAUACUUGGAAUGUCCACAAUAUUUAAGAAAACAUUUCUUCCCAUUACAUAAAGACCUGGAAUUUGCUGGAUUAUUAAAUCCAUUAGAUGCACCUCAUCACUUGAGAAUGUCUAAUGAUUUCAAAUUCAGGGAAGGUAUAACUAUGAACAAAAAAGUGAAACCUGGUCGAGGAUCCCAAGUAAAUGUUGGCCUUCUACAAGAUGUUUCAACUGACAAAUUAUUGAAUCCAGGUAUCAGAGUAACAGUACGCAUGUUAGCACCACAAGGUGGUAAAAAGUUAAAGGGUAAAAUUGUCAGCCUUACUACACCACGAGCAGAGACAGGUGUAUACUGGGGAUACACUGUCAGGAUUGCUAAUAACUUGAGUCAAGUUUUUACUCAAUCAACAUAUAAAGAUGGAUAUGAUUUAACUAUUGGGACCUCAGACAGAGGAAUACCUGUAGAUGAUUUACCAGAUGGAGGGCUAAAAUAUAACCAUGCCUUAAUAGUAUUUGGAGGACUACAAGGUAUAGAAGCAGCUUUAGAAAGUGAUGAACAAUUACAAGUUGAUGAAGCCAGUUUGCUUUUUAACCAUUAUAUUAAUGUGUUGCCAAAUCAAGGUUCAAGGACAAUACGCACUGAAGAAGCUGUGUUAGUAGCCCUCUCCGGGUUGAGAAGUAAAUUGAAAGCAAAUAAUGCACCCAUGAUAUUUAAAGAAUCUGGCAUUGCAAAAAGUUCCAUCUUUAGUGGUAAACUAGAGGUUUCUGAUCACUCCGGAAAUGAAAGUAAUUUUGAUUUGAGUAGGUUUGACUAA